AUGGUUUCAACAGCCUACAAUGCAAUUAAUACUCGCAAGUUGAGAUAUACCGGAGAUGCCAUGGCAGCUUUCAAAGCCAAUAAGCUUGACGAUAUCCGCCAUAAAUGCAAGAAUUGCAACAUUGAUAAUGACGACGGGGAUGAAAGAGCUACCAAUUCCAAAUCUAGUAACGAUGCUCACGGUGAUAGAAUUUGGUUUGUGAAAGAGCAUAAACAGCGGCCUCCACUGAAAGUGGACGACGAAGCAAUCAGCCGGCAUACUGGCGGUCACUAUCCACUGACAUCGGACCUAUCUUCCUGGGUUCUCGAAACUAUGCACGGGUAUCAGCCUGAUAAUCAAGUCAUGACAUUCAUAGAGCCAUUCUCAGCUAAAUUUCAUGUCAUGGUUGACAAGGAGAGGAUUUGUAGCUCAGGUCUACAUGAUCUUGAUUUGGUUGAAUUCACAUAUCAAGUCGCGCUUGAAGUCGGAUCCGAAAUUCUAUUGGCAGCAGACGCCACCGAAGAUCCAGUAGAAUUACAGCAAGAAUUUCAUUCUUCACGCGCCGGUGCUGACGAUCAUUUUUCAUCUUGGGGUCGAUUGCUGACUGGGCUGGAAUGUGAUCCCCCAAUCAUUGCCAUGUUUCCUGUAUAUUUGAUGAUGUGUCAGGCGUUUACCUUUGAGCGUGAUCCGGCUCAGGCAGACUACGUCUACUCUGCAUUGACUGGAAUUGACUGGGCAAAAGGAAAAAAUAUUUACAGUGAUCGAAUAGCCGCUUUCGAGAAAUUGGCGCGAUCUUCCGUGUCCAAUUUGGAUGAUAUCGAGAGCGGCCAGGACCGUUCUUUCUGGCGCAUCGCCCAUGCCUAUCUUGCUGCAAUGAAUGGCUGUGAGAAUCUACGUCCAUUGAAGACACCUCGGAACGCCGCUAUCAAUCAUCAGGUUAAUCAUGAGCUGGUCCUUGCCAUGCGCGCCUUGGACACUAUCGGUUCUGCGUACAUGUGCAGCGAUGGGGCUGCAUGGCUGGACGACGCUGGGAUGGAUUCACUGAUUGGGUCUGCUAUACCAAACGAUGUCAUGGAUCUACAUACCGAUAUUCGAACAGGUGAGACCCGGAAUACGAUCCGCCUGUUGUAUCCAGAAGGUCUCUCAAUCAGCCAAGCAAUGAAAGCCAUGUCGACCGUCCUGUCUGGGCAACUGUGCGAGAUCUUCCGUGGACACCAACGAGCUCGAUUCUAUAAUCGCGAAGACGGGCGGAUCGCGGCGACUUCCCCUCCAUAUAGUUUCUGUCGAGCGCGUCAUCGUCGGAUCUUUGAGAUCAUGGAGAUGUAUAUCAACAAAUACGCGGAUGACUUCUGGGACUGGACGUGGGAAAUCUUUCGCAUGGCAAAAGAGCAAGUGACCGAAGCUGGACUUAAGGAGCCUCUCAUUUGCGCACUCCUUCGAUCUGUAAAGCAGGAAGAUUUGCCAACUUCUCCCACCACGAAAUUCUAUGACAUCUACUAUGACAUGAUCGAGGACGGGUCAGAACAAUUGAACAAGAAGCAACCACUGGGGGUCAGCGACGAUCUCGUCCAAGUGACUCGUGAUAUCUACAGUCUGUGGCAUACCAAGCUGCUAGCUGACAAUAAAGAUCCCGGGUGGGGUCAUCGUUUCGAUGUCGAGUCAGACAGACUGUUCGGUGAAGCUGGUUCAAUACUUGCCCAGAAGAGGAACGCGGAUAACAUGUAUAAAUUUGCAAUUGCAUAUGGUCGAUUGAGUAUGGCGUUGCCUUAUAUUGCUUAUCAUACCAUUGAUGCCAUUAUCAUGGCAUUUGGCAUACUUUAA